AUGGCCGACUCAAUCCCACCAAAAGAAGAGAUAGUUAAACCAAACCCACCUGCUUCGGAAGCAUCGGUGCAAGGUUUUAACUGGUGGAGACGAACGUUCCAGUACAAGACCGGUUUAGGACUGACUCCAGACGAAAAAGCACAGUACGAGAAUGACUAUAAAUACGUCCUGCAACGCAAGCAAUGUCAGGAGUGUUACGAGUAUAGAGACUGGCUCUUGAAGUACUCUCCCACCGUUAUAUUCAUGACUCAGCAGAUUGCAAAAUUGAACGACAAAAGAACAGAUGUGCUAAAGUUUGACGAGUCAAAAAUCAUAUGUGACGUCUGCCCUGAGUGGAGAAGUGGAGGUUUCCAUCCUGAGCUAGGUAUUCUUUUAUGCCAGAACCGUAUUCGAGACAAGUGGCAUCUUGAAGAUACCAUGGCUCAUGAAUUGGUGCACUACUUCGACAAUUUAAAGUGGCAGGUUGACUGGCUAAAUUUAAAACAUCAUGCCUGUUCAGAGAUUAGAGCAUCCAGUCUCAGUGGUGAAUGUAGAUUUAUGCAAGAAUUUGCUAGACGUGGUUUUAGCUUCAAAGUCAGCCAGGGACAUCAGGAAUGUGUCAAGAGGAGAGCAACACUGAGCGUCAUGGGUAAUCCCAACUGCAAAGACGAAGAACAUGCUAGGAAAAUCGUGGAUGAGGUAUGGGACAGCUGCUUUAACGAUACCAGGCCCUUUGAGGAGAUAUAUAGGUGA